AUGAAGAUCUUCUCCUCGACCUACACCUUCGACUAUUCGUGGGAGGAGGUGACUACAAAUAACUGGCGGAAAUAUUGUCCGUGGAACGACAAAGCCUCACACGUGCUUGGCGUUGACACAUUAUCCCGGCAUGUCGAUGCUGCCACUGGCAUCCUGCGUACCGAACGAUUGAUUACAUGCAAGCAAAAUGCGCCCCAGUGGGUUCUGACCAUUCUCGGUGGCGAGACUACAAGUUAUGUCUACGAGGUGUCUUACGUGGAUCCCACAACCAAAAAGGUCACCAUGGUUAGCACAAACAUGACAUGGUCCAAUCUUCUGCAAUGUCGAGAAACGGUGGUUUACCAGCCUUCGACGUCAGAUGCUAAUGGGAAGACCGAGUUCAAACAAGAAGCCAAGAUAGUUGCCCUGUGUGGUGGGUGGCAAAAGAUCCGGACCAAGAUCGAAGAAGCCAGUGUAGAACGAUUCCGGGAAAAUGCAGCUCGAGGACGAGAAGGUUUUGAGAUGGUCCUCGAAAUGUCCAGGAGAGUGUUUGGCGAAGAACGUGAGAGGCUUCAACUUGGACAGGCGAUUGUUAUUUAA